AGAGGUUGUUGAAGUCUAUUCGAACAAACCUUGCACAGAAGUUGGGCAGAUACUGUUUUUGUAAAGUGAAUACGCGAAAAUGCCUCAAGCAGGCCCAUUUUUAGUAGCUUUUGCUGCAGCUGCAAUAUUUGUUGGUAUAUCUAUACAUAAAAUCGAUGAAGGCCAUGUUGGUGUCUAUUAUAGGGGUGGUGCUCUGCUGAAAGGAACAAGUGGUCCAGGUUAUCACAUAAUGAUACCAUUUAUCACCUCCUAUAAAACAGUACAGACAACAUUGCAAACAGAUGAGAUAAAAAAUGUCCCUUGUGGAACAAGUGGCGGUGUGGUGAUCUACUUUGAUAGAAUAGAAGUGGUGAACCAACUUCAGGCAGAAUAUGUCCACUUGACUGUGAAAAAUUAUACUGCAGACUAUGAUAAAACAUUGAUUUUCAACAAAAUUCAUCAUGAACUGAAUCAGUUCUGCAGUGUUCACACGCUUCAAGAAGUCUACAUUGACCUUUUUGAUCAAAUUGAUGAAAACCUGAAGAUAGCACUGCAGAGAGAUUUGGUUACAAUGUCACCAGGGCUACAAGUUCAGGCAGUCCGUGUAACAAAGCCAAAAAUUCCAGAAACGAUCCGGAGAAAUUACGAGCUCAUGGAAGGUGAAAAGACCAAACUGCUGAUUACAAAUCAACAUCAAAAGGUUGUCGAGAAAGAGGCCGAAACGGAGCGGAAGAAAGCAAUCAUUGAGGCCCAGAAAGUUGCAAGUGUUGCAGAGAUCCAGUAUAAACAGAAAAUCAUGGAGAAAGAAAGCCAACAGAAGAUCUCUCAGAUUGAAGAUCUAACUCAUCUGGCAAAGGAAAAAGCUCUUGCUGACGCGCAUUUUUAUAAGACAUCCAGAGAAACAGAAGCAAAUAAGCUCAAAUUGACACCGGAGUUCCUAGAGUACGUUAGGAUCCAGGCAAUUGCAUCGAAUAACAAAAUUUACUAUGGUGAUAAAAUUCCAAAUAUGUUUAUUGGUAACGAUUUUAAGCCAAGAGAGAAGAAGAUCACGGCCUAAAAUUACGCAAGAACAGACAAGAGCACUAGAUUGUUGAACAUCCACGUCCAAAAUGCGUAAAAAUGAUGUUUUAUCAAAAUAAGCAAGAAAGUUAUUAUUUGGAAAUACUAGCCUUUUUAUUGGCACCAUACAUUUACCAUCGCUGUUUUUAUUUUGAAUGCAAUUAUUUUAACAAACGUUUGUCUUGCUUUUAGUUUGCACCAUAUAUCAA